AAGGUUAGCCCAGAGCAUGUUCUGGAUUGGGAUUGGAUCACGCCCCGUACCUCCCACCCCCCCCCCCCCACUCUCCCAGGUGCAUGUCCCCAGCCACACCUGGUGGGGCAGCUGACUUGAUAAAAAGUAGCUCCGAGGGGGUGGGUGGGGGCUGUUUGAGGAGCAGGAGGAUGAGCGCUGAGUAUGGACAGCGGCAGCAGCCUGGGGGCCAUGGGGGUCGCAGUUCUGGGAACAAAAAGUCCAAAAAGCGCUGUCGGCGCAAGGAAUCCUACUCCAUGUAUAUCUACAAGGUGCUGAAGCAGGUGCACCCUGACAUCGGCAUCUCUGCCAAGGCCAUGAGCAUCAUGAACUCGUUUGUAAACGACGUGUUUGAGCGGCUGGCAUGUGAGGCUGCCCGGCUAGCCCAGUACUCGGGCCGGACCACCCUGACAUCCCGAGAAGUCCAGACGGCCGUGCGUCUGCUGCUGCCUGGGGAGCUGGCCAAGCAUGCUGUGUCCGAGGGCACCAAAGCUGUCACCAAGUACACCAGCUCCAAGUGACCCAGGGUCUGACGAAAAUAAAGGGUGAACUGUU